CUUCGACCGCCUUUGGCGGUAUAGAAAUUGUACCAAAAAAAAGCACCCGGUUACAAACGGUUCCCCGCAUCCCGCGCGCACUUCCAUGAUAAAUGGAAGAAAAGCGGACAAUAUUGGCGCGGAAACGGACACACCCACUACAACAACGAUUUGGCGAGCGCGCAGACGAGAUGAAGAUAGAUCCGAAUACCCUUCACGCUUAAGGAUUCAAAAAUCACGCCACACACCUGUCGUGCAUCCUCCGAAAAUGCUGGGGUCCAAAGGCAACACAAAUUUGCGGUACAGCGAGCGGCGUAGCAAGGACAGCCGCAAUGGACCUUGCACGCAAAGAUCUGGACAACGUACUUCACGUGGCGGAUUCUACUGUAACCGGCGUCGAACACGGGUUCUUGGUCGCGCCGAUCCGUCUCCCACUUCUCGAGCCAUCUCCGGUCUUCAACGUGCCUUUCCUGUGGGCACAGACUUCGGAGUUCCGCCGUGGCAUCCAAGGUCAAAACAGGUCAUGCACCCGCUGACAAAAGUACCUUCGCCGUGCACGAGACGGAUGACAAACGCGAUCGAUACGGACGAUAUUAGCGGGUAAAAACGAUAUAUCUGCCCACUGCAUCGUGCAUCGUCGAUCUGGCGGAACGUGUAGACAACACGGGAUUAGGUCCGCACACCGUUCCUACACAAGGAUCCACAAGUCAAGCUACGCGCCUGCAGCGAUCGAAUUGGAUCCGAGGUCGAUCAUCCGCCGUCAAUCCCGCCUUGCUUGCCAUAUACGGCGGCCAAUAAAUGGAUACCACUGUUGUGUUAUCUCAAGGCGAGAAGGCAUCG